UCAACUAACUUUCGAUUCUUGUUUGGGCCAUUUUCUUGUGCAUCUGGUGUAAAUGUGUGGACACAUGCAUAUGCAUAUAUUUUUGUGAUGGUUAACCUUAUUAGGCUGGUAUAUCUCAUCCUAAAGCUUUGUAGUCAUACAGCUCAUAUUUUGCAAAUAAUGCAGUCAGUUAUCGAGGCAGGCGUGACCUUUGAGGAUACUGAUGUUAUUGUAAAUGGCCGUGCUACUUUUAGUAUAUUUGUCCUUGUGUUCUUGGUAGGAUCGUGUAGUAGCGUUAUGCUAUUAUGAAAUUUCCCAUUACUUUAUAUGUCUUUGGACUGUUGGAUCAUACCUUACAUAAUAAUAAUAUAAUUGAUGUCUGAGAAAAUUAUAUAUUUUAACCGAGUAAUAGCCUAGUGGAAAGGACCCAACCUUGAUUUGGGGUUCAUGUCACCCAGAGCGGAAACUGGGGAAGGACCAUUGACGAAUCUUGGGAAAAGAGGGUUUGGCGGUGGGGUUUCUUCCAUAUGAAGAAAAUGAUAACAGAAUAGAUCACAUGUUACAGCCCCACUGAAGGUCUGUAUUCCAUUUAUAGUAUUUAAUUUCUUGGAGGCUAUGUCAUAACUGUUGAAGUAUUGAGUUAUUUGCUGUUAUUUUUCCUUUUUAGUUUAGUAAUUUUAUUUCUGAAAUUCAGUUAUUUAGUUGAGAUAGAAUAGGAUUUUAUUAGUAUCCUGGUUGAAGGUCGUAUAAGAUUUUAUUAGUUUCCUAGUUAGAAAUAGAAUAGGAGUCUUUGGUCUAUUUAUUUUCUCAGAUGUGAAUAAAUUAAUAAGCAGAAUAUUUUUUUAUCCUCAAACGUUGUUUCUUCUUCUCUGCAGUCUAUAGAACAACAAUUGGUAUCAGCGUCAGGUUCUUGAGGGAUCUGUGAGAGAAAAGACCCCCAAAAAUAACCCUGCAUAAAAGUCAAUACUGUUAUGGCAUCCAACAAUUUCCCAAUUCCUUUACCCCAUUUUUUUCUAAUGAGAAUUAUCCAAUUUGGGCUCUCAAGAUGAGAACAUACUUGCGAACAUAUGAUCUGUGGGAAGUGGUAGAGGUUGGAGUAGAGGCAAAUCCUUUGCCAAAUAAUCCAACUAUGGCGCAAAUUAAGAAUCACAGAGAAGAGGUUUCAAAAAACUUUAAAGCUCUCUCUUGCAUACAAUCAACACUUUCGGAAGAAUUUUCGCAAGAGUUAUGGCGAGUGAGACUGCAAAAGAGGCUUGGGACAAGUUGAAAGAAGAAUUUCACGGAAGUGACAAGAUCAGGCAAAUAAAAGUGAGAAAUCUGAGAAGAGAGUUUGAAAUUCUCAGAAUGAAGGAUUCAGAAACUAUUGAAGAAUUCUCUAACAAGUUGAUGAAGGUUGUAAACCAAAUCAAACUUAUAUGGGAGAAGAGCUUACAGAUUCAAGAAUCGUGGAAUAGAAUCUUGUGAGUUUGUCAGAAAGAUUUGAAGCAAAGAUCUCCUCACUUGAAGAUUCGAAGGAUCUCACCAGACUGUCACCUUCAGAAUUUGUACAUGCUCUUUAAGCUCAAGAGCAAAGAAGAUACUUGAAGCUAAAAGAAGCUACUGAAACUGCUCUUCAAGCCAAGUUCAAAGGGGAGAUGCAAAUGCAAGAGGAAGGUAAAAUCCCAGAAACUUCUACUAAUUCUAGUAGAAAUAAUCAAGACGAUUCUCGCAAUGGAGUCAAGAAGAGAGAAAACUUUCUUCCAUGCAAGUAUUGCAGAAAAAUUAAUCAUAAAGAGGAUGAUUGUUGGUUUAAGGGGAAGGAACCACCUUUUCGGUGUAGAUAUUGCAAUGAGCUUGGUCAUAUUGAAAGGUUUUGCAGAGUGAAGAAGAACGACCAACAAACUCAAAAAGCAACGUUUCGGAAGUUGAAGAAUAGGAGGAGUUUGUGUUUACGACGAUGGCAGCAACAAGAUUGAAUGAUUAAAACACAUGGUUUUUGGACAGUGGUUGCACUCAACACAUGACCAACAAACAAGAAUAUUUUACGAAGUUGGAAUCUGCUAAAGGUAGUGUCAAGUUGGCCGAUAAAACUGAGUUGGAGAUUGUUGGUAAAGGAACUAUGGCAAUUGAAGCUCCCAAAGGUACUAAAUUUAUUCAAGAUGUUUUGUUGGUACCUGAUCUUGACCAAAAUCUAUUGAGUGUUGGUCAAAUGCUAGAACAAGAUUAUAUGUUAUUGUUCAACAACAACAACAAACCCAAUAUAUUCCCACAUAGUGGGGGCUGGGGAGGGUAGAGUGUACGCAGUCCAUACCAUUACCUCUAAAGAAGUAGAGAGGCUGUUCAAAGACAAAAAGUGUGUUGUUUCUGAAUCUAGCGGCCAAGAAGUGAUUACGGUUGAAAUGAUAGAAAGAAGUUUUCCUUUGAAUUGGAACUCAAAUUCUGAGCAAGUUUGUCGAAUUAGUCAAUGUGAUCAGGUUAUUGUGACCACUAAGCACAACGAUGACAGAGAGUAUAUCUGGGAAUCACAAGCAGGUGGUUCAUUCACUAUUACGAGGGAUGUAAAUGUUGAGCAAUUGGGCAGAGAAACAAAGAUAACUCUCUUCCUCAAGGAAGAUCAGCUGGAGUACUUGGAAGAACGGAGAAUCACAAGCAGAUGGUUCAUUCACUGUUACGAGGGAUGUAAAUGUUGAGCAAUUGGGCAGAGAAACAAAGAUAAAUCUCUUCCUCAAGGAAGACCAGCUGGAGUACUUGGAAGAACAACAGAGAAUCAAGGACCUCGUAAAGCACUCUGAAUUCAUUAGCUAUCCAAUUUUCGUCUGGACUGAGAAGACUACUGAGAAAGAAAUGAGUAAUGAUGAAGACGAUGAGGGUUCAAGUAAGCAGGCUCUACUUAAUCUUACACAAGAUCAGGGUGGAAAUUAUCUUUUCGAGUUUGAUAGCACCGUGACUAGUGUCGGGACUUUGUUGCCUCAUCAAUUACAGCUUGUGGGGAAGUGGGGAAAGCUACUUCCGAAAAACCUGAUGUUCCGCAUGAUGAGCAACUCACUGCAGCACAAAUGGGGCGUCAGAUUAAGUUACUGCAGAAACUCCACAGUCAAUUGGUCAUUGGAGGUAUUCUAUCAGAGGACGAUUUUUGGGCCGCUAGGAAGAGGCUGCUAGAGUAGACUGAAAACAAGAAGCCAAAACAGCGGGUAGCUUUAAAAAAUGACGUAUGGAGUGUAAAACCAUUAUCCGAUGGUCAGACAAACAGAGUUACAUUUAACUUGACUCCAAAGGUUAUUCAUUAGAUUUUUGCUGAGAAACCAACUGUCCGCCAAGCAUAUUUAAACUUUGUUCCUGGAAAGAUGUCAGGAAAAGAAUUCAAAGAAUUCUGGACUAAAUAUUUAAGGGCUGAAUACCACCACAGUACAAAAAAUAUUGUUACUGCUUUUGCCAAGGCUUCUGAAGAUGAGGAGCUUGCAGUUUUCUUGAAACAAGAUGCUAUGUUAGCAUCUGAAGCUCGAAAAAAGAUGAACAACAUCAAGUUAUAUGUGUGGAGGGUGUUCAUUAUGGAUAACUUGAAGGAGCUUAUGCCCGAGUACUUUGGAUUUAUGAAGGGUGUUGUGGACUCUGAUGAUUUGCCUCUCAACAUCUCUCGUGAGAUGCUACAACAGAACAAGAUUCUCAAGGUGAUUAGGAAGAACCUUGUGAAGAAAUGUAUUGAGAUGUUCAAUGAAAUUGCUGUGAACAAGGAGGACUAUAACAAGUUCUAUGAGGCUUUCUCAAAGAACUUGAAGUUGGGCAUUCACGAAGACAAAAACAAAGACAAAUUGGCUGACCUCCUUCGUGACCACUCCACCAAUAGUGGUGAUGAGAUGACCAGCCUGAAGCAUUACGUCACUAGGAUGAAGGAGGGCCAGAAAGACAUCUACUAUAUAACUGGAGAAAGCAAGACGUUAGUUGAGAACUCGACAUUCUCGGAGCGUCUCAAAAAGAAAGGAUAUGAAGUGCUCUACAUGGUUGAUGCCAUUGAUGAAUAAGCUGCCCCGCUCUACAUGGUUGAUGCCAUUGAUGAAUACGCUGUGGGGCAGCUGAAAGAGUAUGACAGUAAGAAACUAGACUCUGCCACCAAGGAGGGAUUGAAGCUCGUUGAUAUAUUUAUUUGCUGCUAUUUUUCUUUUUUAGUUUAGUAAUUUUAUUUCUGAAAUUCAGUUGAGAUAGAAUAGGAUUUUAUUAGUAUCCUAGUUGAAGGUAGAAUAGGAUUUUAUUAGUUUCCUAGUUAGA